GCACGAACCUUCAUCUAGUACGUACUCAUAAAUGUUGUUACUAGAAAACAGAGCUUGCUUAAGAGUUAUGUCUAUAUAUAUGGUGAGCAAUCUUUGAAGUUUCAUAACAAAAUUUGUGCAAGUGAUAAGUUGAUCUCGGAACAUACACUACAAGAAACAGGGGUUUUAAUCGUUUAAGACGAAAAUUCGGAAAUUUGGAAAUGGCAUUUGUGAAUAAUUUGUUGUCGAAGAUGGCUAUUAGUGAUGGACAUGGCGAAAAUUCGCCGUAUUUUGAUGGUUGGAAAGCGUACGAUAGUGAUCCGUUUCAUUCGGUGGAGAAUCCUCAGGGGGUUAUUCAGAUGGGGCUUGCGGAAAAUCAGCUUUGUUUUGACUUGAUACAAGAAUGGAUUCUGAAGAAUCCGAAAGCUUCCAUCUGCACUUCUGAAGGAGUUGAUGAGUUCAAAGAUACUGCAAUAUUUCAAGAUUAUCAUGGCUUACCUGAGUUCAGAGAUGCUAUUGCUAAGUUUAUGGCAAAAGUGAGAGGUAAUACAGUGACAUUUGAUCCUGAUCGAGUUGUUAUGAGCGGAGGAGCUACCGGAGCUCAUGAAACGAUGGCCUUCUGUUUGGCAGAUCCCGGUGAUGCUUUUCUGGUGCCAACUCCCUACUAUCCGGGAUUCGACCGUGAUCUGAGGUGGAGAACUGGAGUGAAACUUCUUCCGGUUGUCUGUGAAAGCUGCAAUGAUUUCAAGAUCACCAGAGAAGCUUUAGAAGAAGCAUACCAGAAAGCAGUGGAGUCGAAUAUCAAUGUUAAAGGCCUGCUGAUUACAAAUCCGUCGAAUCCAUUAGGCACGAUUCUAGACCGUGACACAUUACAAAGUCUAGUGGAUUUCAUCAAUGAGAAGAAUAUUCACCUUAUUUGUGAUGAGAUUUAUGCAGCUACGGUUUUUACCAAGCCAAUGUAUGUCAGCAUUGCUGAGAUUUUGGAGGAGGACAAGAAAUGCAACCGUGAUUUGAUUCAUCUGGUGUACAGUCUGUCCAAGGACAUGGGCUUUCCGGGGUUCAGAAUUGGAAUCAUCUACUCUUACAAUGACUCGGUUGUGAAUACUGCUAGAAAAAUGUCGAGUUUUGGACUUGUCUCCACUCAGACUCAAAGACUAAUCGCAAACAUGUUAUCUGAUGACACUUUCAUUGAUCAGUAUGUAUCCGAAAGCAGGAAAAGACUAGCUGCACGACAUGGAGUGUUCACGAGAGGCCUAAUGCAAGUCCGCGUUGGGAAUUUGCAGGGCAAUGCAGGGCUUUUCUUUUGGAUGGAUUUAAGACGCUUACUCAAAGAUUCAACAGUUGAAGCUGAAAUGGAGCUCUGGCGCGUAAUCAUCAAUGAAGUUAAGCUCAAUGUCUCGCCUGGCUCAUCGUUUCAUUGUUCAGAACCUGGUUGGUUUAGAGUUUGCUAUGCAAACAUGGAUAACGAAACAAUGAGGAUUGCUUUACGACGAAUCAAGAAAUUUGUACUUCAAGCUGAUGAACGUCAAGUCACUGCCAAGAAACAAACAUGGCACAAAGAUUUAAAACUAAGUUUAUCAUUCAGAAGGUGUGAUGAUACGAUCUUGAUGACACCGAGAAUGGUAACUCCACAUAUGAUGUCUCCACAUGUUGUAGUUUCUCCUCAUUCUCCUCUGGCAUCACCUCUGGUUCGUGCUAGAAAUUAGGUCAUCGUACUUGGUGCACAAGGCCCGGCAUCAGCAAACAUACGAGAUAUUAAGUCCUUAUAACUCAGAUGUAAAAGUAAUAUAGUUUUCAGGAAAAAUUUCGCUUUCUUGUGCUACAACUGCUGGCGAAUUAGCAACUUGAUUAACAUCAAUUUUUUUAGCCAGGAGAGUUGAGGCAUUUAUAUGCUAACUAUCUAUUUGUUUCAUUUGAAUACUUUUUGUAAUUUGUAAUCAUCUGUAUGUUGUUCAGUGUUCUGGUAAGAUGUACUUUAAAUGUUAAAGUUUUACAUCAGCCUUCAAGUAAAGCAAUUUGUUUUAAGCUGUGUUUUUAUUA